AUGACGAAAAGACGAGUUGUGUUGAAAAGGGAAGAACCACUACCACCACCACCGUCAAUGGAUUCAGCUAACUCAUCGAACACGAUGAGGGUUCAUGUGAGAUAUGGCGAGUGUCAAAGAAACCAUGCAGCCAACGUUGGCGGGUAUGCUGUUGAUGGGUGUCGGGAAUUCAUGGCGGCGAGUGAGGAGGAGGACACGGAGGCUUCACUUACCUGUGCCGCCUGUGGCUGCCACCGCAACUUCCAUAGAAGGGUGGUGGAAACUGAAGCUGUUAGUAGCAGCGACUGUGAGUGA